AUGCUCCCCAAAAACUCUUCGUCCAUAAUUGUCAAAUCACCAGCACGCCUCAGCCGCACAUUCCCCCAUGUAUUAUUAGCUUCUCAAGCCUCUGCCCCAGCCCCUAAGCGGGAGAAAGAUGCAAAAAAACGGGUCGUCAUUACAGGUAUGGGUCUCGUCUCUGUGUUUGGAAAUGAUGUUGACACAUACUACGAUCGUCUCUUAGCUGGGGAGAGCGGAAUCAGUUUAAUAGAUAAAUUUGAUGCAUCAAUAUUCCCAACACGAUUCGGUGGACAGAUUCGUGGAUUUAAGUCAGAUGGUUAUAUUGAUGCCAAAAGUGACUCUAAACUUGAUGAUUCUCAACGCUAUUGCCUUGUUGCUGGGAAAACAGCUCUUGAAGAUGCUGGUCUUGGAAGCCACGAACUCCUCAAGAUCGAUAAGGAACGUGCUGGUGUGGUUGUUGGAUCAGGAGCUGGAGGCGUUACAGUAUUUUCUGAUGCUGCUAAAUCUCUCAUGGAGAAAGCUGAUAAUAUCCGUCUGGGGAAGGCUGAUUUGAUGAUUGCAGGUGGGGUCGAUGCUCCACUUAUUCCUUUGGUAUUCGGAGGUUUUGUUGCUUGUAGUGCAUUGUCUCGAAGAAACCAUGAUCACCAAACUGCUUCUAGACCAUGGGACAAACAAAGAGAUGGGUUUGUUAUGAGCGAAGGUGCUGGUGUUUUGGUGAUGGAAAGUUUAGAGCAUGCAAUGAAAAGGGGUGCACCAAUACUUGCUGAAUACUUGGGAGGUGCAGUAAAUUGUGAUGCUUAUCAUAUAACUAAUCCAAGACCUGAUGGAUUCUCCGUUUCAUCUUGUAUUCAAAGCAGCCUUGUAGAUGCUGGUGUAUCGGCGGAGGAGGUGAAUUACAUCAAUGCACAUGCAACUUCAACCUUGAUUGGGGAUAUAGCCGAGGUAAAUGCUCUAAAGAAGGUGUUUAAGAACACUAAAGGGAUCAAAAUGAACGCAACAAAGUCUAUGAUUGGACAUAGUAUGGGAGCCUCUGGAGGUUUGGAAGCCAUUGCUACAAUCAAAGCGAUUCAAACAGGAUGGUUGCAUCCCACCAUUAAUCAAUUUAACCCAGAACCUAGAGUUGAAUUCGACACAGUUGCAAAUCAAAAGCAACAACAUGAAAUCAACGUUGCCAUCUCAAAUUCAUUUGGUUUUGGUGGACAAAACUCAGUAAUAGCAUUUUCUGCAUUCAAGCCUUGA